AUGAAUCCUAAAUCGUCCACUCCGAAGAUUCCUAGACCUAAGAACGCCUUCAUCCUGUUCAGACAGCACUACCAUAGAGUUCUGAUUGACGAAUGGACUACUCAAGGCGUGGAAAUACCCCAUAACUCGAACAUCUCGAAGAUCAUCGGUACCAAAUGGAAGGGCUUGCAGCCCGAAGAGAAGUCUCACUGGGAGACUUUGGCCAAGAAGGAAAAGUUAGAACACGAGAGAAAAUACCCAGAAUACAAGUACAAGCCAAUAAGAAAGUCUAAGAAGAGACAGCUGCUGUUAAAAGAGAUGGAGCAGCAGCAGCAGCAGCAGCAGCAGCAACCACAACAGCAACCACAACAGAAACAGCAACCACAACAGCAGCAGCAGCAGCAACCACAACCACAACCACAACCACAACAACCUCUUAACAGCAAUAACAUCAUUCUCAUGAAAAAAGCACAUUCUCUUUCCCCAUCUUCUUCGGUCUCGAGCUCAAACAGCUACCAGUACCAGAUCAACAACGAUUUCAGAAGGCUGCCCACCCCUUCAAUCAACUCCCCUGCUGGUAACUACAUGGUUUCCAGACCUUCAACCGGACUUCCUCCAGCAAGAGACCUGCCACAAAUAUCCUCACAACUGCAUCCUAUGCCGUACUACCCAUCCACGUACGACUCGACUACGAGAAACCACUUCCUCAACAUUGCUCAAGCUCAACCAAGAGCCAACUCGACUCCUCAACUGCCUUUGAUAUCAUCAAUCAUCAACAACAACAACAACCAAACACCAGUCACUACCACCACCACAACCGCGACAUCUUCACCUGGUAAGUUCACCUCCUCUCCUAACUCUUCUGUUUCCGAAAACAACAGACUUAACAGCAUUAACAACUCGAACCAAUACCUACCGCCACCUCUGCUGCCCUCUUUACAGGACUUUCAACUAGACCAGUAUCACCAACUAAAACAACUAGGCCCAACUUAUAUUGUCAAGCCAUUAUCUCAUACCAGAAACAAUCUACUGUCCACGGCCGCCCCCUCCCACCAUCACCAUAUCCCUCACAUUCCAAACCAAAACAUUCCGUUACAUCAAAUAAUGAAUGCAACUAAUAAUGAAGUCACUGCCAAAACUGGUUUGGUUUCUCCAAAAUGA